AGUCCGCCCCAAACACCCCCUACGUCAAUUCACGAUAAGUCACGAUCUUGAUUCUUGACCUCUGCCAAAAGGGCUCUGAUUCACGAAGUUCCAUAGAUGACGGGAGUGGUAGGGUUCAGCUGCAAAGAAAGUGAACAAUUUCCCGUAUAUGAAUUCUUGCCUCAGUACAGCUUGGACAAGUACUUGCAUUGUUUUCAUCUAGGAUGUUAUGUUCCCAUUGACUUAAUCAUCGCAUCUCCUUUUCUCUUCUUCUUUUUCAUUUUGGUUCUUGUAUUGUGCUUAAUUUAUUGUAAUUCAAAUGGGGUUCCCAAUCUCAUGAAUAUAGUGCUUUAUUAUAAGCUCCAGAAGCGUCAAUACCAGAAGAAACUAAACUCAAGGAAACGCAAAAGACCAAAUUCCAGCACAUAAUAAAACCAAUCACUUGCCGAUGUCUGUACCAGAAAAAUGUAGGCGUUUUCGACUUAGAGUCAUGCAGUCGGCAACAAACAACUUUGAUGAGAAACUAGUGAUUGGAAAAGGCGGAUUUGGGAAGGUUUACAAAGGACUCAGAUACUUUGGCAACAGACAAGUUGCAAUAAAGCGGUUGAAAUCAGGGUCCAAUCAAGGAAUUAAGGAGUUCCGCACAGAGAUUGAGGUGCUUUCCCAGUUCCAAAACAGCAACAUAGUGUCUUUCAUUGGCUAUUGUGAUGAAUGUGAGGAGAUGAUCCUGGUCUAUGAUCUUAUGUCUCAUGGAAGCCUUGCUGAUCAUCUGCAUAAAAGAUCGAGAAAAGGUGAUACCUCUUUACGUCCUCUAUCAUGGAUGCAGCGGAUCAAGAUUUGCAUUGGGGCAGCACAUGGACUAGACUACCUUCACAGUGGUACAAGCAUUGGGAACAGAAUUAUACAUAGAGAUGUCAAGACUAACAACAUUCUACUGGAUGAUACUUUGGGAGCUAAAAUUUCAGACUUUGGACUGUCGAAAAUAGGUCCAGCAAAUCAGACGUCAACACAUGUAAGCGCUCAUGUCAAAGGCACACGUGGUUAUCUAGAUCCAUACUAUGUAUCGACUCACACAUUAUCCACAAAAUCUGAUGUCUACGCAUUUGGUGUAGUGUUAUUUGAGGUCUUGUGUGGAAGACCAGUAGUGGAUACGAGUCUAGAUGAAGAGCAAAUGAAUCUAGCUAAUUGGGCACAACACUGCUUCAAAGAGGGGAUCCUGGACAAGCUAGCUGAUCACAGAAUCAAGGGGAACAUAUCCUUCAAUUCCUUAAAAGCAUACGUGGACGUUGCUAUCAUGUGUUUGAAUUUCCAGCCUAAGCUCCGUCCUACUAUGGCUGAUGUUCUGGCGGGUCUUGAAUUAGCUUUGACAUUGCAAAAAAAAAGUGCAUAUUAUCCUUUAGUCGAUAUAUUGCCUAUUGAUCAUACCAAAGACGUAGAUUAUUUGAUACAUGAGGGGAACGAUGCUAACCACAGUGUAGAAUAUGAAUAUUCAGAAAGGACUAUAUUGUCUAAUAGUUGCCAUCGCAAAAAGCAGUCUUCUGUUGGGAUGACAUUCAGAAAGAGGAUAAUUGGCCUUCUUUCAGUUAGAGCCCGGGCGUUCUCAGGCAAUACAAUGAGACCCAUCAUUAAAGUUCUGAAGCCAUCAAAGUUGAAGAGUUUCUCAUUUGACGAGCUUCGUGUAGCUACUAGGAAUUUUCAUCCUGACAGUAAAAUUGGUAAUGGUGCUUAUGUAGUUUUCAAAGGCUGGGUUGAUGAGAACACAUUUGCUGCUGGAGAAUGGGGUACUGGCCUGGCCAUUGCAGUAAAGAGAUUACAUCUCACCGAUUCCCAAGAUUGCCGGCAGUGGUUGGCAGAAAUUAACUCUCUGGGGAAUCUCUGUCAUCCUAAUGUUGUGAGAUUGCUCGGGUACAGCUAUAAAGAAGAUGAUCAACUUCUAGUAUAUGACUUCAUGCCUCAGAGCAACUUGAAAAAUCAUUUGAACAACAAAGAAUCAAUGGAUUGGCCAAUGCGCUGCAACAUCAUAAAUGGUAUAGCUAGAGGAAUCCUCUAUUUUCAUAAAAGCUCUAGACCGAGAAUCAUCCAUAGAAAUCUGAACUCCAGCAAUAUUCUGCUUGACUCUGAGAUGACUCCAAAAAUUUCAGACUUCAGAUUAGCCAAGGUUUUUGGGGAAAGUGAAUGUAUAUCAAGCGCAAGUGUCUAUGGAAAUUUGGUCUACAUGUCUCCAGAGUAUUUACUUAACGGGAUAGUCUCAGAAAAAUAUGAUGUUUACAGCUUCGGUGUAAUAGUGCUAGAGAUAAUAUGUGGAAUGAAAACGUUAGAUUUUUUCGACAACAACCUUGGGUUUCUCGGUAAUGCAUGGCGUGUCCAUCAAACCAUAAAAUUUAUGGUACUAUUAAUGUUUGAAGAAGCCAUGGGAUCAUAUGAUCAAUCUCAACUGAUUCGAGCAAUUCAAAUUGGGCUAUUGUGUGUGCAACCACGUCCAGAAGACAGGCCGACCAUGUCCACGGUGGUUUUGAUGCUCACUAGUGAUAUUGAACUGCCUCAGCCAAAGGAUCCCAGUUUAUACCAAUAUGAAAACAAUUUUUACAUGAAUAACUUAGAUCUAGAUAACAUUUCUCAGAAUUCUUUUUCAACGAGUAGUGUACUCACUCCUAGGUAGCAUGCAAAUUUGACUUGGCUUGCUGGGAGAAAGUUCGCUUCUUGUGUGUUGUUGACCUCCAUAAGCUGAAGGUGUCAGUCAACCACAGCUUGAUAUUUAUGAAACGAAUCGUGUAUCUUGUUCA